GCUUGGCUUUGUUUUGUUUCGUUUCUUAAAUUCUGAAAGCAAAACUUUUUACUAAAAGAUUCAUCAUGGCAGUCAUGAGAGCUCUAAUUCUUUUCUUGGUCUUUUCUGUUGAGAGUACAGGAGCGACAAGGGCAGCAGUAGCUGUGUCUACUGAAGACUUUGCGGGUAAAGUUGAAGAAAACUGCCCAUAUGGAUGGACACAUUUUGGUAUGAAAUGCUACAAAUUCUUCUCUCAGUCCGUUAACUGGGCCACCGCUGAGAAAAACUGUCAAUCUGUUGAUGCAAAUCUUGCAUCUGUGCACAAUACAGAUGAACACAACUUUCUCCUGAAUCUGAUUGUGCCUGCUACCACAUCUGCUUGGGUUGGUGGCCAUGAUGGUGAAAUUGAUGGCCAAUGGCUGUGGUCUGAUGCAUCUCAGUUUAACUUUACCAGCUGGUGCUCUGGAGAACCUAACAAUUAUCAGGGUAACCCUGAGAACUGCCUACAGAUAAACUUUACCAAUAACAGUUGUUGGAAUGAUGGGCAGUGUUCAUCCGAAAUGAGCUACAUUUGUGCCAAACCUCUGAGAUCGUGUUAAAUAAAUCUGUUUCAAUCAAAAACAA